AUCGCAAUUCGAUACACAACUUUCAACCUAAAGUCAGACCGACUGAUAGACCCGAUAACAAUCGCAUUUAUUAAUUUCAAUUUAACAGCCAUUUAGCGGGUAACGUUGUGCCUCUGAUGAUCAAUUAACCAAAUUUCACAAAAGGGAGCAUAUCUUGCAAACGCGUCUGUGGGAUUAAACUGACUUGUAAAGUAUACUGCAAGUGGAAAAACAAAAUUUAAAUUGAGAGUAGGAACACAUUAGCAUGGUUUGUUUAGGGUACAGUCAAGGACAAACAAUGACACAGUAAUAGCAACCAGUGAAAGUUUGAGAUUACAACCGUGUUGUCGUAUCCCAAACGCUACAUUAAGGAGUCUUCCUGGUCGUUUCUGAAAGUAAAUUUGAUACAGUAAAGAGACACUGAGGCGGUGAGAUUUCAGCUUAAGCAGCGAUUAGAAACAUGUUCCCACGGGACUUUGCUUGGGGAGCGGCAACUUCAGCGUAUCAAAUAGAAGGUGGCUGGCAGGCAGACGGCAAGGGACCAAGUAUCUGGGACACGUUUGUUCAGCAGAAAGGCAGAGUGUUUGAGGAGCAGAAUGGAAAUGUGGCCUGUAACAGCUACCAACUGUGGGAAAAAGACCUGGAGUGUAUCCAGCAGCUUGGACUGACACACUAUCGCCUGUCUGUCUCCUGGGCCCGCCUCCUGCCUGAUGGGACCACACAGCAUGUCAAUCAAAAAGGUGUAGCGUACUACAACAAAGUGAUUAAUGAUUUGCUGGCCUGCAAUGUGUCACCUAUGGUCACACUUUACCACUGGGACCUGCCUCAAGCUCUUCAAGACCAGGGCGGCUGGAAAUCAGAGAGUAUAGUGAGUCUGUUUGACAGUUAUGCCCAGUUUUGUUUCCAAACCUUUGGUGACCGCGUCAAACUUUGGAUCACUAUCAACGAGCCACAGGUGUGUGCCAAAUGUGGUUACGAAGACGGUAUCCAUGCCCCAGGGUUGAAAGAACCAGGGACUGCUGCCUACCUGGUGGGCCAUAACAUGCUCCGUGCCCAUGCCAAGGCCUGGCAUAGCUACGACUCCCUCUAUAGGGCAGAGCAGAGGGGUGCAGUGUCUCUGGCCAUCAACAGUGACUGGUUUGAACCGUUACGCCCAGGCUGCAAUGAGGAUGUUGCUGCUACUGAACGUGAUCUUGCCUUUACAUUAGGAUGGUUUGCCUGGCCUGUGUUUGUUACUGGAGAUUAUCCACAAAUAAUGAGAUCUGCCAUCGACUCUCAGAGUCAGAAGCUGGGAUACAGUGGCAGCUCAAGACUGCCCAGUUUCUCCAAGGAUGAACCUGCCCCCAUUUUUGGCACGGCUGACUUCUUUGCAUUGAAUUACUAUACAUCCCGCAAAGUCAAGGCAGGUGAAGGCUGCGGACAGAUGUUGUGUUUAAACAGCGACCGAGAUGCAGAAGAAGUUUUGGAUCCGUCCUGGCCCAUCUGUGGCGUGUCCUGGCUGGCUGUAGUGCCCCAUGGCUUAAGGAAACUUUUGAAGUAUAUCAAGGACACUUUCAACAACCCAGCAGUCUACAUCACAGAGAAUGGCUUCUCUCAGGUGGGGCCACGGCAGAUUGACGAUGUCCAGCGCUGUGAGUUUUACAGUGACACCAUCAUGGAAGUGGGCAAAGCUAUUGAAGAAGACGGGGUCAAUGUCCGUGGAUAUUUUGCAUGGUCACUGCUGGACAACUUUGAAUGGGCUGAUGGAUUCAGUGUUCGUUUUGGGUUGUUCCAUGUGGACUUUUCCGAUGCCAAGCUGAGCCGAACCAUCUACCGGUCAGGACUGGAGUAUGCAAAGAUGAUCAUGAAAUACAAGGGAAGACAUGAUGUUAAAUGACUGCAGAAUAAAAAGGAAACAUUUCAUUUUUUAAAUGCAUUUGUAAUCACAACAGUUUUUAACAGUUAAACACAAUUAAAGGAUUCAGGCUAGUUCAAAACAACCAGGUAACUGCUUUCAUUGUAAUCCCAAAAUUUAAAAGCACAGCUGUCUCUGAAUUUCUUUUUAGUUUAGAAAAUGAUCAAGUUCAACAAGUCAGCUGCCUUUGUAGGAAAGCUAACUUCAGCAGGGUUGUGCAGACAUGGACAGAGUGUUAAGCGGAUUCAACACAAUGUAAAUUAGUAUUCUGUCCUGCCCGAUUCCCAGGCAAGCAUCACAGGGUGGUUUAUGGAGAGGGGAGAGUUCCUCACUCAGAGGGCCAAGGCAGCAGUAAAACCAGACUGCUGCAGCCCUGUGAGCAGGAUACCAACAAGAAACAUGCAUGCAUACACUGUGUUUGUCAGUGAUUAUUAGUAGUACUGGUGUGUCUAAUACCAGCAUUGUUACGUACAGUACGUACACGUGUGCACCUUAUGUGUAUAGGGGUACAGUGAUGAGAUUUGGCAGUCUAUCUACAUAUGUAAGAGCUUAUGUUCUU